ACUUUGUGUUACUUUAUACAUUUAUGUUUGAGAGAAACAAUGACAGCAUAAAAACAUGCAAAAGCUAGUUUACAUACACAUUUUCCCAGUAUUUUAGGAGCCAAGACUCUGAUAUGACUCAUGUAAGAGUUAAAUAUAGUAAGCAUUUAUUUGAACGUUACAAACAAGAAUAGCCAUCUUCAGGAAAAGCAAUCGAGCGUGAUCCCGUCGACCUAUCGGGGGGCUGGGAAGAUGGCAUCCACCGAGCAACCUGAUCCACCAACACAGUCUGGCCUUCCUUCCGGACAUGACGGGACAGCUCGGCCCAGAGAAGCGCUGGUUGCAACUGCCGUAAAAUUUCUGCAGAACCCGAAGGUACGCGAGAGCCCCCUGGCCACCAGAAAGGCCUUCUUGAAGAAAAAAGGACUCACUGACGAAGAGGUAGAGUUGGCCAUCCAGCGCUCUGGCAGCACGGAGGAAGUCCUGCCUUUGAGCCCUGUGGGACUCCCGACUCCACCUUAUGCAGCUCAGCUAACUCCUGUACCACCCAGCUACAGAUGGAGAGACUAUGGAGCGCUCACCAUCAUUAUGGUUGGCAUUGCAUUUGGCUUUCAUCAGCUUUACAAGAAAUACAUCCUUCCCCUCAUUAUGGGGAGCCGAGAGGACAAGAAGCAUCUGCAGAGGAUGGAAAGCAACAUUGCAGCAAUGAGUGGCACGCUGACACAGACAGUCACCCAGCUACAGCAAACCCUGGUCCAUAUCCAGGAGCUCCUGGUCCAACAGCAGCAGAAGAUCCAGGAACUCUCUCAAGAACUAUCUGCAGCAGAGACAUCAUCCUCAACCAACCGCAUCCUGGAAAACCAAACAGUUGGAGAGCUAAAAGCUGAGAUUGCCUCUUUGAAGGGCUUACUGCUCAGCAGGAGACAGUUUCCUUCCACUCCUGCCAUUCCAAAGAUCCCCUCGUGGCAGAUUCCCCUGAAGUCGCCGUCAGCAGUCGGCUCGCCGUCUGUUAACCACACCAACAGCAGCAGCGACAUCUCCCCCGUCAGCAACGAGUCCGCCAACUCCUCCCCAGUCAAAGAUGGACACCAGACCCCCCAGGAAGCGCUGGGGGGCCCAGAUGGAGCCCACAGUAUGAACGGCGAUGCCCACACAACUCCACCACUAGACCAGGAGCGCAUGGAGGUUCAGGGUGAGGAGGAGAAGAAGGAGGAAGACGAAGAGGAUGAUGUCAGCCACGUAGAAGAGGAGGAGGAGGAAGCUCUGAGCAUGCAGACGGAGGAUCGAAGAGGCGGAGACGGACAGAUUAACGAACAGGUGGACAAACUGAGGCGGCCCGAGGGGGCCAGCAACGAGAGCGAGGUUGAUUAGCCGAAGAGCAGAAAGCACACAAAAAAAAACGCUCGCUUGUCAUCUCGGCUUUUUUUCUCUACAAACCUCCCCGCCAACACCAUGUGAUUUCUAUCCACCUUCCCCUUCUGUUUCCACUUCCCCUUUGUUACAUUUUAAUGUCGAUCAGAAUAGGGAGUAGGUGUUGGUGUUGAGAGAAUCCACAGCUGACAGAUAUUAGUGUGGCUGGUGACUGAAAGGUUUACUUUACUUUACAGUUUACUUUUGAUCACACUGAGCCUAGUAGUCGCGUAGUGACGUCUCUCCGAGAAGAGAAAUAAUAGAAGUGAUAGUAAAAUCACAACAACUCUUAAAGCGCCUGUCUAAUAAUAAGCUUAUGUGACUUCUUACUUUUAAUUUAAAUGAUUUGAUCAGCUAAUUAGCAGCUCUGCCUCAGCGUCACCGUGACCAUACGGAUUCAGACCAAAGCUGCACAUCCGCUAAUCUGAAAGCAGAUGUUUGCAUCGGUCUCAAAGUUACGUUGAGUUUCCUGCGAAGCAUUUUUCGAGUCACUCCCCUUUCUGAUGGCAACAGGAGAGGACAAGCUCUUCCAGGGCCGAUGCUUUUAGCCUCUUUUAUGUGUCCUUUUGCAUUGGUGUCAGUCUGUCAAUAAUUCACAAGGCCAGCAGGGUGGCAUUUGGGUGAAAUAAAAGCCCUGAAAUUUGAGAUUAGAAUGUGAUGACGGGCUUUGUUCCAUGCCGGUGUCAGAGUGCUAAUAUGCUCAGAGAAGGAGGGGAGAGAGAAGAUAAAUGUUUUUCUCCUCUCUUUCUUUCUUUCUCUCUCUCUCUCUCUUUCCUUCUCAAGCUUUCCUUUUUCACCGAGGGCAGAAUCCUGCAUCUUUGCGCGAGAGCGUUUGUUUUUGCGCAAGGAAAAAAAACCCAGACAGUCUGCAGAGCUAUAUCUGCGUCUCCAGCAGGGCAGCUGAUUUGGUUUGUGAAGUAUGUUAAUAAUCAAAUGAUCAACAAAUAACAGAUGUAUUAGUUCAUGCAGCUUGAAAUGUCAAGGAGGCUAAAAGCGGAAAUCUAAUACUGGAAGCCCAGUUGCAUCGUAUCAUUUUCUGUGACAAACCCUCCGGUCCAAAUUAGGUAGGGCCUCCCACAGUGAGUAAUCUUUACAGAAAACGGCAACAAUAUUUUGUAAUUAAGCUGCAGUAAGACAAAAGCGCUGCCACAGAUGGAAGUUGCAGAACUGGUAUUACUUUCUUUUUUCUCUCUCUCUCUCUCUAUCUCUCUCUCGGUGUGGAGGUGGAUGGGGAAGUUAAAAAAAAAUGCCCCGUGAUUGAAAAGGAAAGUAAUAAAUGAAUACUUGACUUAUUGAAUUACUCACUGUGUCUCAAGCUAACAAGAAGAGUCCAUGACUGAGAAGAAGGGAUGCCAGCCUUUUUGUCUCCAUCACACGGCUUUCCUUCAUGUAAAGAAAAUGGCACAGAUUACACUUCGUUUGGUUAAUUAAGCAUCAAAUAGGUUUACUUUAUUCUGUUUAUGCAUUUCAUUUUUUGAGGGGAAGUCCUGAACAUUGUAUAAAAGUCGUCAACAACUGUAAUAAAUCUGGUUCACCACAAGAAGAGUGACUUAGUUAUUUUAAAACUGAAACAACGUACAGUGAAUGUUAUUCCUUUUACUAGAGCAGGCCUAGAAAUUGUGUGACUAGUUUUAAACUGAAAAUGCAGAAUAUUUGAAAUGAAUUGACAUUCUUUUAAAAUCUGUAAUAUGGUUUUGAUAAUGUCAUAGUUUUUUCAUUAUAUGUAUACGACGCUAUGAAUAAGUAUUCACACCCUGAAACUGUUUUUGUCACAUUGCAACCACAAACGUUAUUGAAAUUUUCGGAUGUAGGUGAGAGCCACAGUCAUUUUCUUCCUUAACUGACCAGUAUUUAUCUUCUGCACUGAUGAGCCUGCUGCAGAAAAACAUCCCCACAGUAUGAUCCUGCCUCUACCAUGUCUUACUGUGAGCAGGGUUGUUUUUUUUUUUGUUUUUUUUAAGGUGAUUUCCAACAAUGGUUUUCCUUCACACAUUGUUCUGCGUGUAGGCUAAAAAGUUCUUUUAUGGUUUCAUCUGCGUCAAAAAAAUCAGUCCUGUUUGACAGACUCCACCCACCUUUGCAAGGUGGACUGAAUUUCAAUUUGGGUUAUUAGUAAGAAUGACUAACUAUAUAAUCUAUGUCAUGCCUUUCAGCUUUUGAUUUGGAAAAAAAACUGAUAAAUGUUGCACUACUUCGAAGUGUGGAAAAGUUCUAGGCAGGGUGCUGUAUGUCUUUUACAGGAAAAAAAAAAAAAGCAAUUUCAGCUACAGAUGAGAACGCCAGCCUGAGAUACUGUAUGUGUGUGUUGACUGUAAAACCUUGAAUCAUCCUCUGCUGAGUGGUCUGAAACCAUGACAAGCAGGGACUUCCACCAUUUUCUCAGCUUUCUUGGCAGAAGUGACUAAGUGAAGCGCCGUGAGAUCAAAUGUUUGAACCUUUGUUUAUUCCUAUAGGUUGAUCAACAGUAUAUGCCUCCUGCUUCCUGUCAUUCAUGUUCAAAAAUGUUGAUGUUUAAAUUUCUUUUCUUUUUUUUUUUUUUUGUUGGGAAGUUGAGUAAAGCUAUUUUUAACCAUUUAAGGUUCAACAUUUAAAUUGAAUUUGCAGUUAUGAUUUCAUUUAUACCAAAUCAUAUUUGGUCCAAAUCAGUCAAAUUUGAUUGUUCACAAAGCAACUUUAGAUUUUGGGUGAAACGAAAAGAUGUCAAACGCCGUUUGAGAUGAUUGUACAAAUAAGCUCCAAAUGAAAAUCAAAUUGUUGUCAGUAAGAUGCUUUCUUACACCGUUGUAACACAGGCCGCUUAAGGAGAUCCUUCCUGGCCACAGACAUCAGUGUUUAUAGUGACUCUUAGAAGAAACUUUGUAUAAUGAGCGCUGCGCCAACAUCAAUUUUCUCUUUAUAAUUAGGCAUUGGAAACACAGCACGCACAAGAACCAAUUUUUAUGGAUCAAGAUUAGCAUCAUGUAUGGGAGAAAAUCUCUCUAUUUGGACUAUUUGGACUCGUGACUUUGUAACUUUUACUAUAAACCAAUUUUCUGUGGCCAGAUCAAAAUGAAAGGUGUUGCCAUGCAUUGUCAAGUGUAUGAAUUUAAUUUAUCAAAACCUGGAUGAUCAAUAGCAUUUCACAUAUUGAUGAGGUGUAUAAACUUCUCUCAGGUUCGAUACCACAUCCCUUUGUAAUCCAUUAACCUCUCCCAUGAGUUCAGGCCAACCUUAGAUUUAUAGGGACCUACUGUAAUAAAUCCACUUGUACAUCA